AUGCUGAUCCACGUGAGGACUACUAUAAAGGAACCAUUACGUUUUGUAAGAAUCUUUUACAUUCAGUUCUUGAAGAGGCCAGUUGCUAGUUCACAAGAUGUUUUUCUAUAUUGUAGCUGCCGUUUUCUCCAUUUCCAAUGCUGAACAAGGAUGUCUAUUCGACGGAAAAAUGUACUCGUCGGGAGAACAAAUAGUAAUUUCUCAUUGUUUGGGCGCCAUGACCUGCCUAGGUAACAAUGCCUACGGUGAUUUGCAGCAAUGGGGUGGUAAUUGUCCAAACACAAGAUCAGAAGAUGGACAAACUGGGUGCCUCUUCGAUGGUCGUGUAUAUCAGAAAAAUGAAGAGGUUGUCUUCGGUGGGUGUCUGGGAGAAAUGACAUGCUUGGGUAACAACUUGUACACCAGCAUUACACCCUUAUUCGGAGACUGUUCCAGAACAAUGCCAAAACGCUCAGAUGACGGACAGAGUGGGUGUUGGUUUGAUGGGCGUGUCUAUUCCACUGGGGAGGAUAUCAUGAUCAGACCCUGUUUAGGAAAAAUGACCUGUUUGGGGGAGAACAACCUCAGCGCUAUUACACCACUGUAUGGAAAUUGUGAUGCUAAACGAAGUUCCAAUGGCCAAGAUGGCUGUCUGUAUGAUGGAGUGGUUCUGAAUGCUGGAGAGACCAUCACUAUUAUGGGUACAACGACUGAGCUCUUGUGUCUGGGACAUAACUUAUAUAAAGAGUUCAUUCAUUAAGAAUAAUUAGACGAUAAGGCUUGAGCAAAUGACCUUCAUCUAUCAUCAGAUCAAAUACUUGUGAUGCAUCUGCACUUUAUAUCCUGUGUUUAUGGUUAUUAUUUUGUUUUAAAUCAAUAAAUAAGUUGUUGAUAUU